GCAUCUCAAGCGCAAACAUCUCAAGCGAUCCCAAGUCGUGUGUGAAAAUCAGUAACCAAAGAGCAUAUAUAUCUAAAGAUAUCGAAAUUAGAAAAAAUGGUGAAAAGUGAAAUGGAAUUCAAGAGCAACUUCUCCAUCGAUGCCAUCUUGGCCAAGAAACCCAACAACCCCACAACACAACCCAUCAAAACCGAACCGGUCCAUCAACAUCAACAUCAUCAUCAGUAUGUGCAUCCGUACUCCAAUUCCGAUGGCGAACUCUCGGCUUCGGAGGAUUUCGAUAGCCCCAGCAGAACCAGCACACCCAUGAGCAGUGCCGCCGAGAGUCUGUCAUCGCAAAACAAUGACAAACUCGAUGUGGAGUUCGACGAUGAGCUGGAGGAUCAACUGGACGAGGACCAGGAGAGCGAGGAUGGCAAUCCCAGCAAGAAACAGAAAAUGUCCGCCGGCAGCGAUGCCAAGAAACCACCAUACAGCUACAACGCCCUCAUCAUGAUGGCCAUCCAGGAUAGUCCCGAGCAGCGGCUGACUUUGAAUGGCAUCUAUCAGUAUCUGAUCAAUAGAUUCCCCUACUUCAAGGCCAACAAGCGGGGCUGGCAGAACUCCAUACGCCACAAUCUCAGCCUGAACAAGUGCUUCACCAAGAUUCCCCGCAGCUACGAUGAUCCCGGCAAGGGCAACUACUGGAUCCUGGACCCCUCGGCCGAGGAGGUUUUCAUUGGCGAGACCACCGGCAAGCUGAGGCGCAAGAAUCCCGGCGCCAGUCGCACUCGCCUCGCCGCCUAUCGUCAGGCCAUAUUCUCGCCCAUGAUGGCCGCUUCCCCAUACGGAGCACCUGCACCCAACUACGGAUAUCCGGCAGUGCCAUUCGCCGCCGCUGCCGCCGCCGCCCUGUACCAGCGCAUGAAUCCCGCCGCCUAUCAGGCCGCCUAUCAGCAGCAGAUGCAGUACCAGCAGGCGCCCCAGGCCCAUCAUCAUCAGGCGCCCCAUCCCGCCCAGAUGCAGGCCUAUCCGCCGCAGCUGAACGCCGAGCUGUUCCAGCGCAUGCAGUUCUUUGGCAAGUUCCCAUCCAGCUAAAUGUUGGCAGUCGGCGCAGCACCAAGCCCAGCGCUUUGGAUCAACCCAAAAAACAAAACCCAGGAACAAAAGGGUCGCUUGGGGCAGAAGCUAGGAAUCGCAGGACUUCCUGCUCGCUUGCCCCUCGUGGAAAAAAACCCGUGACGUCUAAAUGCUGCAUUUAGCAAAAUUCCUUUGGUCAGCAGCGCAUUGACCGCUUCGCUUCUUCAGCGGGUCCUUCGAAUCGACUUGGAAAGUCGAUGGUUACGGCAAUGAAAUGCAGCAGCCAAAUCUUCAGGACUGCUGAUCCCGAAAAUGAAGGAGUAUUCUUGCCAGCCGAGGGCCCUUGUAGUUUGCUCACCAAAUUUUGUACAUAUUUAAAUAAGAAA